ACGUGCGUGUCAAGCAUGACGUUCCUGCCGCAGGUUCGGUGCCGCCUCCAGCUUGCGCUGUCGCCGGACUCGAUGCUGAAAAUCGUUAGCUCUGUAAUCUGGAGACGUCUUCCUAUCAAGUUUCCUCAUAGGUUGAGCCCGAGGCUGAUUAUCGGCACUACCAAUCAGUUUGUCGGAUGCUCUCGGGGCCGAGGUCUUGCUCCUCGCACCCAGGCCUCCCCUCAUCCCUUCUUCCCCUCUUCCCCCAUUUCUCUCUCCAGACCUUCUGCUGCUCUCAGCAGUAUGUCUGGCUCCAUAUUGAGAGCAUCUAUCAAAGCCGUGAGUGCCAGGAGACGCCUGGUUCCGACCAGAGCAGCGCUAACGCUGACCCCUCUGGCUGUUAAUAAAGUUAAGCAACUGCUUCGGGAAAAGCCUGAAUAUAUUGGGUUGAAGAUUGGAGUGCGAACCAGGGGUUGUAAUGGUCUGUCCUAUACUUUGGAAUACACAAAGGAGAAAAGAGAUUCAGAUGAAGAAGUAAUCCAGGAUGGUGUACGAAUAUUCAUUGAAAAGAAAGCGCAGUUGACACUCCUAGGAACAGAAAUGGACUACACAGAAAAUAAACUUGCAAGUGAAUUUGUCUUUCACAAUCCCAACAUAAAAGGAACCUGUGGUUGUGGAGAAAGUUUUCAUGUUUAAUGGGAACCAACAAUUUUUCUUGAACAUUAUUGUGGGCAUUGUGUGUGGUGAGGCACUGAUAUUCCAUUUUAGGCCAUUGAGUGUAGCUAAAUCUUUAUUGUAACUUCAAGGGAGAAGAAACUGAAUUGCAUCCCUGAUGGUAUGUAGCCACUAACAGUGGAUCUUUCUCUUGAGGGGAAACUUUGCACAAGGAGUUAUUGUGUUGAAUAAGAUACUAUUUUUUUUGUUCAAUUGUCAAACCAUGGUAGUGUUAACUUUAUUAACUGUGCAAUGAGUGAACUGCCUGGAUCAGAUAAAUACAACUGCUUUUCAUCUGAAAAAAGAAAAUCUUUUAUUUGGUAUUAUCAAAUGUACACUAUGUCAUAGUCAGAUAUUUAGAAAAAUAGAAUUGGUUUAUCAUUCAGCUUUAUUAAUGUAGAUUCUGAAUUCUCAUAGGCUACGAUUAGCUCCAUGUUGCUGUUUCUUUUUCAAGUUCCACAAGUCAUUUUUUCUUUUUAUAGAAGGAGGUGUAUUUGGUAACAAAGCCUAAAGUUCACUUUUUUUUUAAGAUCCUGGUACAAAAGUCUCCAGACUGUUAGUGAUGUUUGGAAAUUUUGCUCUCCACUACCAACUACUAAGAAUGUGCAAGAAUAUAAAUUUGACGUUGGAACCCAAGUUUAGUAUCUAUGUUGUACUUUGCCUGCACAACAUCGCCACCAAAUCAAAAUUCAAGAUUGUUCCUAGAAGCUAUCGGAGUUGUUCAGAACUGGAAAGUUUUUUUUUAAAUCAGGUAAAAACGCAUGUGAGAUGAAGAUAUUACAGUAAGACUAUCUGCUUUGUUAUUUAAAUCUCAUGACCAAGAAGGUCAAAUAUUAUGUUCUUCCUAGUAGAGGACUGUAAAUCAAUGAGAAUUUGUAUAAAGUGUAUUUUUAAAUAAUUGAAAAUUUAAUUAUUUUGUACCUUAAUGCGCACAUUAUAAUUUUUGUCAUGA